AUGACUGGUUCUGUCUCACCUAUAGGUGCUCAUAACAAACAAGUCUGUAGCACAUGGGGUAACUACCACUUCAAGAAAUUUGAUGGAGAUAUUUUCCAGCUACCAUCCACUUGUAAUUAUAUCAUGUGUGCAAUGUGUGGAAGCAGCUACGAAGACUUCAACAUUCAGUUGAGACGGCAAGUAAUAAAUGACCAACCGAUUAUCACUAACAUCACAAUGAAGUUGGACAGCGCUGUAGUGGAGCUCACCAAAAACUCUGUCACGGUGGACGGACGACAGAUAAAUCUGCCGUUUAUCCACUCUGGUAUUCUUAUCUAUAAGAGUUCCUCCUACGUCAAAGUCACUGCUAAACACGGACUGGUGGCCAUGUGGAAUGAGGAUGACUCUUUCACUGUUGAACUGGACAUGAUGCACCUAAAUAAGACCUGCGGCUUGUGUGGAGACUUCAGUGGCAUCCAGUCACACAAUGAGAUCAUCAAAGAUGAUGCUGACAGAUCUCCAUAUGACUAUGGAUACUUCGCAAAAUCAGAUUCAACAGAGAGUUGUAUAGAACAGAUGAGUUCAACAAAGCCAUGCAAAGAAAUGACACCAGUAUGCGAGCAGCUGCUUUCAGGCCCAUCUUUCAGCAGUUGUAAGGACCUUGUACCUCUUGACUCCUUCAUCAAAGCCUGUGAAUUGGACAUGUGCUUCUGCACAAACAGGACCAGAUCCUUUUGUGUUUGCAGAACCAUCUCAGAAUACUUUCGCCAGUGCAUCCAGGCGGGUGGAAAGCCUGAUCCGUGGAUGAAGGAGCAGUUCUGUGAUAAAUCGUGUCCUUACCACAAUAUGGUGUAUCAAGAAUGUGGAAACCCUUGUAUCAACACCUGUUCAUACCCUGACAGAAGUCAUAUUUGUGAGGACCAAUGCAUCGAUGGGUGUUUCUGUCCUGAAGGAUACCUGUUUGAUGACCUCACUAAUAGAGGUUGUAUUGCCAAGAAUCAGUGUCCCUGCAUCCACAAUGGAAACAUAUAUGAACCUGGACAGACCUACAGAAGUAACUGUAAAGAAUGCACUUGUGUCGAUAAUCUAUGGAGCUGUGAAGACAGAGAUUGCCCAGGGACUUGCUCUGUCGAAGGUGGUUCCCAUUUUACCACUUACGAUGGGAGGACAUACAGUUUUCAUGGAGACUGUACUUACGUUCUUUCUAAGCAGACCAGUGACAAUGAGUUUACAGUUUUGGGGGAUCUGAUAAAAUGCGGUUUCACUGACACUGAAACAUGUCUGAAGGCAGUAACUAUUCUUUUCUCAAAGAGGAACACAGUGUUCAGGAUCCAGUCUGAUGGAAAAGUGUUUGUUAAUAAAAUGCAUUCACAGCUCCCUCUUUCCAUAGCUGACGUGAUGAUUUUCAAACCCACCACAUUUUUCAUCAUCGUCCAGACGUCUUUUGGGCUUGAGCUGGAGAUCCAGCUCAUAUCAGUAAUGCAGGUUUACAUAAAAGUUGAUGUGACUUACAAGCAGAAAACAAAUGGUUUGUGUGGGAACUUCAAUAGUAUUCAAGCAGAUGACUUCAUAACUGUUAGUGGAUCUCCUGAAGCUACAGCAGUAGACUUUGCCAAUGGCUGGAAAGCACGAGCCAACUGCCCUGAUGUUAAAAACAACUUUGAGGAUCCCUGCAGUUUCAGCUUAGAUAAUGAGAGAUAUGCUAAGAAAUGGUGCUCUCUGCUGUCAGACCCGGAUGGGGUGUUUGCUCCAUGCCACAAAGAGAUCAGCCCUGAUAUCUAUCAAAUGAUCUGCAUGUAUGAUGCCUGUAAUUGUGAGAAAAGUGAAGACUGCAUGUGUGCUGCUUUGUCUUCAUACGUACACAACUGUGCUACAAAAGGGAUUCAUCUGCCUCGCUGGAGAAACACUGCAUGCAGCAAAUUUUCAGCCAGUUGUCCCGAAAAUAUGGUUUAUUCUUACAAAGUUCAAAACAACAGUCGUUCCUGCCGUUGCAACAGCGACCCAGACUUCACUUGUGGUGUCACAUUUGAGCCUGUAGAUGGGUGUAUCUGUGCAGAGGGAACGUUCCUUGAUGAAGAAGCAAAAUGUGUCCCUUUAUCUAGUUGUUCCUGCUACAGCAAAGACACAGUGAUUCUCCCAGGAGAAGUUAUCAACAGGGAUGGCACCAUGUGCACUUGCAAGGAUGGGAAACUCAGUUGUAUUGGAAAGAGAAUUAUGCAACAAUCUUGUCCCCAACCUAUGGUGUUCUUUGACUGCACUAGUGCUGCUCCUGAAUCUACAGGAUCAGAGUGCCAAAAGAGCUGCAGCACUUUAGAUAUGGCUUGUAUUAGCACUGAGUGCAUCUCGGGCUGUAUGUGUCCACCUGGACUGGUAUCAGAUGGUAUGGGUGGCUGCAUCAAAGAAGAUCUUUGUCCUUGCAUUCACAAUGGCAUUGUACAUCAACCUGGAGAUACAAUCAAAGUGGAUUGCAAUAGCUGUACUUGUAAGGAUAGGAAAUGGGAAUGUACCACAAACCCGUGCCAUGGAACCUGCUUAGUCCAUGGAGAUGGCCAUUACGUUACAUUUGAUGGAAAGAGAUACACUUUUGAUGGAGAAUGUGAAUACACAUUAAUCACAGAUUAUUGCGGACAUGCCAAUGCCAGUGGUACUUUGCGAGUUCUCACUGAAAACAUACCAUGUGGAUCUACUGGCACCACUUGCUCUAAGACUGUCAGACUCUUCCUUGGGGUGAGACUCAAAUUGACAGAUGGAGGUUAUCAGAUUCUUCACAGAGAUGAGGGAGUGGACAUUCCUUACCAAAUUUUGAUAAGAGGAAUUUACAUGGUCAUUGAGGCAAAUAAUGGACUAAUUGUCAUGUGGGACCAGAGGGCAAAUAUGUUCAUCAAACUCAGUCCAAACUUUAAGGGUGCUGUUUGUGGUCUUUGCGGGAACUUUGAUGGGAAUGCAAACAAUGACUUUAUGUUGAGAAGUCACGAGGUUGUAAUUAAACCCUUGGACUUUGGAAACGAUUGGAAAGAGUCUAAUAGCUGUCCUGUUACUACGGAAAUUAGAAAUCCCUGCUCAAAUAAUCCUUACAGGCAAUCAUGGGCUCAGAAAGAAUGUAGUAUCAUUAAGAGUGGAGUUUUUACAACAUGCCAUUAUCAGGUGGAUCCCAAUCAUUUUUAUGAUGCUUGUGUGAGAGACUCAUGUGCUUGUGAUAGCGGUGGGGAUCAUGACUGUUUAUGCACUGCUAUAGCAGCCUAUGCACAAGCCUGUAAUGAGGCUGGAGCCUGUGUUGCCUGGAGAACACCUAAAAUAUGCCCGUUGUUCUGUGAUUAUUACAAUGCUCCUGGAAACUGUGAUUGGCAGUACAAACCUUGCGGAGCUCCUUGUCUGCAGACCUGCAGAAAUCCAACUGGGCAGUGCUCAAGUCAGAUACUAGCACUUGAAGGUUGUUACCCCACAUGUCCCCCUGGGCAUCCUUACUUUGAUGAGGAUACAAUGAAAUGUGUUAAAAAGGAGCAGUGUGGCUGUUAUGACAAAGAGGGGAAACAUUACGGCAAUCAGGAGAUAGUUCCUUCAAUAGAAAAUUGCCAGAUAUGCUAUUGCAAGUCCAUGGAGAUCAACUGCAAAUACAAUGCAACUGCUUGCACCUGCACAUUCAAAGGGAAUAAAUAUAUGCAUGGAGACACAAUAUAUAAUACUACAGAUGGGCUUGGCAGCUGCAUGACAGCUGUCUGUGAGGAACAUGGAAUAAUUAAAAAGACUUCAUACCCUUGUCAAACAUCACAUUCAACAACAACCUAUACUUCACCAACUAUCUUUGACUUUUCCCGUAAAAUAGCAGUUUUAGGAUUGUAUAGAACCUGUAACUUCCUGGUUUCUGAAAAAAAUGUCAUUAUUUUAUUAUGUUUGUUUAAUCAAAUGUCUAUGUUUUAUGAAAAAUGUAUUCACAAUAAGAAUUACAAUUUUUUAUAUUUUAUUGCAGAGACAACUUUGUCAGGAAUGACAGCCAAAUACACUACAGAAACUUUGCCAACAAAGACGGUAUCGUCAUUCACUACAUCCACCACUACUACAAGCAUAACCACAACUCCAAAUCCAACUAAAACAUCCACUUCAACUCCUUCUCCAAGUUUAUCAACUAGCAUGCCUAUACCACCAACUGUCCAAACCUCCUCCACUGUUUCAGGUAAAUCAACAUCUCUGUCAACAAUAGCAUUUACUACAACUGCCUCAGCAUUUUCUCCAAAAUCCACAACAAUGAAAACAACCACCCUUACUCCUACCCCUGGAUUCGUUAAAUACAGUAGCUACAACAGUGUCAUCAACAAGCAUGCACAUACCACCAAGUACAACAUCAAUGGUCCAAAGUUCCUCCACUGUUACAAGUAUAUCCACAGACAUAUCAACAACAAUUUCUACUGUUACACAUUCACCAACUUUUCUAACCACAAUGGCUACAACACCAAUGAAGACAUCAACAAGCCUAAUUUCUUCCACAAACACAAGCAUAUCAGCAAAAACUUCCACAUUUUUUUCUGCUACAACUUCAACAAGCAGAUUUACACAAAAAGUUACACCACCAGUCCAGAGUUCCCCCACUGUCCAAAAUUCCUCCAGUAUGACAGGCAUAACUACAACUCCAACAACAAAAACAUCUACAGCUCCAUCAACAACAUCUCCAACAUCUACAACAUUGAAAAUAAGCACCCUUACUCCUACCCCUGGAUGUAA